AUGUGCAGGAUGGCAGAGGAUAAUGGGGUGCGGUCUGCCGCAGCAGGGCAGGCGACCACGCCACCCGCAAAGAGAGCGAAGAUGGCGAACACGCCUGACAAGGGGACCUCGGGAUCGGCUGCCUCGAUGCCGUCGCCCGCAACAGGCGUGAAGGAGGAGAGCCGGGCGGAGAGGGCCAUGCGGCGAGCGGAGGAGCUGAUGCUCGCCGUCGCCAGGGUCAAGCAGGAGCGGGAUGCGAGGAAGGCCGAGGAGAGCAGACUUGCGGUGCAGGCGGCCAAGCGGGUGCUGCAGGAGCGCGCCGCGGCCCAGGCGCUGAGGGCGCAGGCCGAGACGGUGGACGAGGAAGAGGAGGGGGAAGAUGAAGAGAAGAUCAAGCAGGAAGAUGAUGACGAAGAGGAGGAACAGCAACUGCAGAAGCAGCAGGAUGCGGCGGAUGAGGAGGAUGGCGUAGAGGCAGCGGAAGAGGAUAGCUUGUCGGACGAGAAGGCUGCGCGGGACAGGAGCUUGGCGGCAGAAGUGGCGACCGAAAAGGCUGCGCGGGAGGAGGAAGGGGCGCGUCUAGCCGCAGAGGCGGCCAAGAGGGCGGAAGCUGACCGCGUGGCGGCCGAAAAAGCUGAACGGGAGGAGGAAGAGGCGCGUCUAGCCGCAGAGGCGGCCAAGAGGGCGGAAGCUGACCGCUUGGCGGCCGAGAAGGCUGAACGGGAGGAGGAAGAGGCGCGUCUAGCGGCAGAUGCGGCCAAGAGGGCGGAAGCUGAUCGCUUGGCGGCCGAAAAGGCUAACCUGGAGGAGGAAGAGGCGCGUCUAGCCGCAGAGGCGGCCAAGAGGGCGGAAGCUGAUCGCGUGGCGGCCGAAGAUGCUGCGCGGGAGGAGGAAGAGGCGCGUCUAGCCGCAGAGGCGGCCAGGCAGGUGGAAGCUGACCGCGUGGCGGCCGAAGAGGCUGCGCGGGAGGAGGAGGAGGAGGCGCGUCUGGCGGCAGAAGAAGCCGCGACGGCGGAGGAGGACCGCUUGGCGGCCGAGAAGGCUGCGCAGGAGCAGGCGGAGGCGCGCCUGGCAGCGGAGGCGGCCGGGCCGGCGGAGGAGGACUGCUCGGCGGCCGAGAAAGCAGCCGCGGAGGAAGAGGAGGAGCUGGCGCGUUCGGCAGCCGAGCGAUCAGCAGAGGAAGGGCGCCUGGCGGCCGAAGAGGCCCCGCGGGCGGCCGAGGAGGCGUGCCCGGCGGCAGAGGCGGCCAGUGAGGCGGAGAGGGGCCGCUGGGCGGCCGAGGAGGCGGAGCAGGAGGAGAGGCAGGUGCGUCCGGCGGCGGCGGCGGCGGCCAUGAAGGUCGAGGAGGACCGCUCGGCGGCUGCGAGGGCGGAGGAAUCAUCUGGACAAGAGCUGUGGCGGCUGCGAGGGACGAGAAGGCUCGCCGGAGCGCCGAAGCGGCCCGGGCGGCGACGUCACACCAGAGGCAACAGUGGUCCCAGCAGCAGCAGCAAUGGGAGCAGUGGUCCCAGCCGCAGUGGCCCGAGCACCAAGGAUGGUACAGUCGUCGUUGACGUGUGCGGGGUAAUGCUACGUUGCUCCCGUUUUCAACUCGGCGAAGUACUGUGGAUGGGCGGGGCCACUAUUGACGUUGAAGGAUCUGCUCGUACACCCAACCUGCACCCUGUGAUACGCGUCGUGCCUGUGAGAGUCUCACCUCUUGAAGGAGAGGCUCGUCAAUGGCAUUGGGAGUCUCCCUGCACAUGUGCAUUCUGGCCGUCCUGA